AAACAGUAAAUAUGGCGACGUCUGUAGCUGGAGAGGGGCAACCAAGUCUUAAUGGGAUUAUUUCCAACCCCCAAACCAAAAAACUGACCGACCUGCCGACCGAGUUGCUCGAACACAUCCUCUGCUUCCCUGUUCUCAAACAUGUCGACAUUUGUAACGUUUCCUGCUGCUGCAAGCGGCUACACGACGUCUGCCAUGGAAGGGGGAAGGUCUGGGGACACCAGUACAAACUCAGAUGGCCAAGACUGCAGAGGUUUUACCGUCAGAAUGAGUGCUGUGACUGGCUCAGAGAAUACAAAACACGCCAUCGAGUUGGUAUACAAAUAAGAAGGACAGUGGAGUCAAUCUCAAAGAGAUUCUUCACAGAAGUCCCUUGCGUUGGCCAGGUGCUGGGGGACAGCUUUGCAGAGAUUGAAUCACUUGGGAUGCCAGAGCACUUUUGUGAAGACGAGCUCCUCUUCAUACUCAACUCUGACAAGAGGAAAAGCUUGACGUUGAAGUACUAUGCAAAGAAAAUCCUUUACUUCCUGAGACAGCAGAACAUCCUGAGGAGUCUGAAGACAUUCCUGGAGCAGCCUGCAGAGCAGCAAUCAGCUCUAGAAGGGGCUGUACUGGUGGAUCAGUAUUGUAACCCACUGGCUGAUGUAACACUGGACAGCAUAUCAGCUCAGGUGGAUGAGAUCACAGAAAAAGUGAAGAAGAUGCUGAGAAUUAAGAACCCCUCUCACCCCAGCCUUCGUAUCGCUCAAGGUGACUGUUUUGUCGUAGAGGACUUUGAUCUCCAGAGGCAGGUGGUGUGUGCCCUAAACUCUGUCUUGUAUGAGCAACUUCAAUACAAAGGCAACGAGUUUGACUACUACAAUCCCCUCAACUCUUACAUCCACCAGGUGCUACUACGCCGUACGGGCAUUCCCAUAAGCCUCUCUGUUCUCUACAUGACAUUGGCCCGGAAGCUGGGUGUUCAGCUGGAACCCGUCAACUUUCCUAAUCACUUCCUGCUGCGCUGGUGCCAAAAACCAAGAGGGAGUGAGGACAUCUAUGACUUUGUCUACAUUGAUGCCUUUGGUAAAGGCAAGCAGUUGACAGCCAAGGAGUGUGAGUACCUCAUUGGCCACCAGGUGACAGCAGAUUACUACAGUUCCAUCAGCACCACAGAGGUGCUUCUCAGGAUGGUGGGAAACCUGCUUAACAUUGGCAAGAGAGGGGAGGGCAAUGAGAAAUCCUACCAGCUGCUGAGAGACUCUCUGGACCUCUACCUCACUAUCAACCCAGACAACGUGCAGUACCUGCUGCUGCAGGCACGUCUCUACUUCCACCUGGGCAUCUGGCCAGAAAAGGUGCUAGACAUCCUGCAGCACAUUCAGGCCUUGGAUCCCUCCCAGCACGGGGCGGUGGGUUACCUGGUGCAGCACACGUUGGAGCACAUCCAGCACAAGAAACAUCCUGUGACACCUGAGGUGAAGAAGCGUAGCGCUCCAGAACACCUGGAGGUCCAGUAUUCAGUUGGCCUCAUCAUGAAACACAAGAGGUCAGGUUAUAACUGUGUGAUUUACGGCUGGGACCCCAAGUGCACCAUGAGCCAGGAGUGGAUCACCACCAUGAGGGUCCACCAGCUGUCUAAUGGGGCCAACCAGCCUUUCUAUAACGUCCUCGUACAGGAUGGAACAUGCCGCUACGCAGCGCAGGAAAACCUGGAGCCCCACUCUGCUCCCCUGGAGAUUGGCCACCCGGAGGUGGGUCGCUACUUCUCCGAGUUCUCCGACACCCACUAUGUUGCCAACGAAGAACUGCAGACACGAUACCCAGAGGACAUAAAUGAAACCCUGGGAACAGUGCAGGAGCUCUAUCACAGACUUACAACUGACUCGGGGAACCAAGAGCAGGCUCCUGCCUCAGACCAAAACCACCACCAAUCUAAUCCCAUGUAGCAAAGUAGCUGUGUCCAACAUCCUGCUGACCCAGGUUAACCGAUCACUGGUCACUCAUUCUAAAUUUACAGUCCACUUAACUGUUGCAUUAUUGCACAUACUCGUAACCAGGACGUGUGUAACACAUAGGUUUUGUUGAAAAAAUGCAUCCAGUAUUCAGUAUUUUUCAAAAACUGAGGAUUUGGUGUAAAAAGCAAUGAUUCAGUAAUAGGGUUUGUUCCACCGUCAGGUUCCUGUGCAGGUCUGGAUUUAUUUUAACAUUUCCACAUCAAGAAAUGUGUGGGAAAAGACCAAAAAGUCUGUAAACACGCAGCAAAGUUUGCUAAUGCUGCUGCUUCGAUACACAUCUCUAAGUAUCAGAGUGUAUUUGUUGUGAAAACAAAGCUCAUAUGGCUGAUAUGGCUUAGAUGAUGGUCAUUAUCAGGUAUGUUAGUCACAACACAAAGACAUCAUAAUCCUCAGAUCCAAAGUUGAGUUUGGAGAAAGUAUGGAAACUUAAAAUCGUAUGUAAGUAGAGACUUUAAGGAAAAAAAGAACAUAAGGAAUGACGGUUAAGUUGAUGAGUAAAUUCAGGAUGGGUAUCCAGCUGCUGUACAUCUCCCUUUACCUAAAACCAAGGAAUGCUCCUUUACUCAGAGUUUCCCCAACCCCUGUCCACACCUCCCUGCACCCAGCAUAUAGCCUAAACCCCCAGUUACAGUGCCACAGAAAAGAAUUACAAAGAAAAUACUUUGUAAAUUGACUUUUACUUUUCAUUCCCCGUCUUUUGAUCAAGUUUCACGCACUCGCGAAAGUUUAACUUUCACAUUUCUAGAGUAUCUUGAUUAUUUUCUGUAUAUUUACAAGUAAAACGUGUAGGAUGUCGUGGCUCAUCGGUGUGGUUGAGCUGUAAAUGGAAAAACAAAAGAACCAAUAAGGACACUGCUGACUUGAAAUAGAGCUUUGAGGAAAUUAUGAAAAAUAAAGCGUUCCGA